AGUGGCGCCCAAAUCCUCUACCAAGUGCAAGGGCUUUGUUCGACGAAACUUCGCUCGCUUCAAUAUUUCGGAUUUCUUUUCGAGGAUGGGAACUGGUGAAACCAAAUAUGGGUCAUUCACUUACGAGAAUCUUGAGAGGGAACCUUACUGGCCAUCAGACAAGCUUCGGAUUUCCAUUACUGGAGCUGGUGGAUUCAUUGCCUCACACAUUGCUCGUCGUUUGAAAACUGAGGGCCAUUACAUCAUUGCUUCUGACUGGAAGAAAAACGAGCACAUGCCAGAGGACAUGUUUUGCCAUGAGUUCCAUCUUGUUGAUCUUCGGGUGAUGGAUAAUUGUUUGAAAGUUACAGAGAAUGUCGAUCAUGUCUUUAACUUGGCUGCUGAUAUGGGUGGUAUGGGCUUCAUUCAGUCAAACCACUCGGUCAUUAUGUAUAACAACACAAUGAUAAGUUUUAACAUGCUCGAGGCGUCGAGGAUCAAUGGAGUUAAGAGGUUCUUUUACGCCUCUAGUGCUUGCAUUUACCCUGAGUUUAAGCAGUUGGAAACCAAUGUGAGCUUGAAGGAAGCAGACGCUUGGCCUGCCGAGCCUCAAGAUGCUUAUGGUUUGGAGAAACUAGCAACUGAAGAGUUGUGCAGGCACUACACCAAAGACUUUGGAAUUGAGUGCCGAAUUGGACGCUUUCAUAACAUCUACGGACCUUUCGGCACAUGGAAAGGUGGAAGGGAGAAAGCACCUGCUGCUUUCUGCAGAAAAGCCCUUACAUCCACCGAUAAGUUUGAAAUGUGGGGAGAUGGGCUACAAACUCGAUCUUUUACCUUCAUUGAUGAAUGUGUCGAAGGUGUCUUAAGAUUGACAAAAUCCGACUUCCGUGAACCAGUGAAUAUUGGAAGUGAUGAGAUGGUAAGCAUGAAUGAAAUGGCUGAAAUUGUUCUCGGUUUUGAGGACAAGAAGCUACCGAUCCACCACAUCCCAGGCCCAGAAGGAGUACGUGGUAGAAACUCGGACAACACUUUAAUCAAAGAGAAGCUUGGAUGGGCCCCUACCAUGAAACUAAAGGAUGGCUUGAGAAUCACAUAUUUCUGGAUCAAGGAGCAAAUUGAGAAAGAAAGAGGUGCUGGUUUUGACCUUUCGGUUUAUGGGUCGUCUAAAGUUGUUGGGACCCAAGCACCGGUUCAACUCGGAUCUCUCAGGGCUGCUGAUGGCAAAGAAUGAAAGGAAUGUAAGGCUCCAGUUCCGUUUUCCGUGGUCUUAGUAUUCAAGGUUGUUCAUGUUCUGUUAUUUACCUUGAUGUGUAAUCUUGAAGUCUUUUGAGAGCUUUGCUACUUUGCUCUUAUCUCCUAUUGUUGGACUGAUUGUCAUUGCUUUAGCAUCCGUUUUUCGUAUGAAUGGAGCCUUUCCCUUGUCGUUUUAUCGUAA